AUGAUGGAGCUGCGGGAAGUUAACGAACUCGAACAGCUAGAUGAUUUUGAAAGGUACUCAUGGACGAGAACUAUCAGAGAUCGUCUAGAUCCUUUCACAACAUGGAGCGGUACAGGUUUCAAGCGCCGAUACCGUUUCUCGAAGGACACCGUACGGUUCAUUAUCGACACUGUGCGGCCUGACCUGCCGGCGAGCGAACUCAACUGUGCGAUCGCACCGGAGCUGCAAGUGCUUAGCGCGUUGCGAUUCUUCGCAAAGGGCUGCUAUCAGGACGACGCCUCCGACAUGCACGGGUUCAGUCAACCCACGCAGUCAUGGAUCGUCAGAAGAGUUGCCGAAGCCCUAGCCAGCAGGCGGUCCACUUUCAUAAAAUUUCCGCUGUCCCCAGCUGAGCAAGAAGGAGCAAAGCACAAAUUCCAGAGAAGAUUUAGCUUCCCAUUGACCUUGGGUGUUAUAGAUGGCACCCAUGUGCGGAUUAAGAGCCCUGGCGGACCGACUGCACAGAUGUAUGUCAACAGGAAAGGAUAUCACUCUCUGCGGAGUAGCAGUGUGCAAAGAUGCAAGUGUUGUGCUGAAUCGGCAUGGCUAUAG